UCUCUGUGUGGGGGAACCAAGAAUGCCUUGUGUCUAGUUCCUAUUUAUUGUUGAAUGGGACAGACUGAACUGAACAACAAAACUUUCUUCCAAGAUGUCACACUAGGGAUGUAACAUCCCUAACAGGCAGACAAGAAUCUGGGAACUAAGCAAUCUGUGGGGAGACUUGCUUAUUAAUGAUCUCUAGCCAGACUCCAUGACUUGGCUCCCCAGCAUAUCACUACUCAAACAGAUACCAUACUUUGACUCUUAUAUUGAUGCUCUGUAGAUCUGCUUAUUCUGUAUAGUAGAACAAUGGGCCUGAUGCAAACUCAACGAAUGUUUCAGCAGCUGCUGCAAACUUUAAAAAAAACCCAAUACAACAGUAGGAAGACAACUCUAGAACUGCUGCGGAAAUCAAGAUAGGGAAUGAAUAACUCAAGGAAGCUGAAUAGGGAGCCAGAAUAACUGCAGGAUCUGCCAGUGUUUGGUGAUUCCUGCAGCACUUCAGGUGCUCCGAGCUGAUAAGGAAGAAGCCAAGGUAGAAUUACCAAGUGGAACUGGAGUAAUAUAUUCUAGAAGGUUGAAAGAGUCUAGACCAUCUUCUGAAUGAGCAGAGGGCUGUUUCCAGUUCUUCUAUUACUUCUGCCCCAAAUAUGGAAUAUCCCUCCCACACAAUUACACCUCCUGAGGUCUAGGGUGGGCAAGAUUAAGUCUGGGGCUGCAUGACCAGCUUUGUAUACAGCCGGCACUAGAAAAUGGUAUUGCUGAAGUCGCCAGAUGGUGGAUGGGGCUGGGUGAUUGUCCUUGUUUCCUUCUUUACUCAGUUCUUCUGUUAUGGGUCUCCAUUAGCAGUUGGAGUCUUGUAUCUAGAAUGGCUGGAUACUUUUGGAGAGGGGAAAGGAAAGACUGCUUGGAUUGGAUCCCUUGCAAGUGGAGUUGGAUUGCUUGCCAGUCCUGUCUGUAGUGCAUGUGUGUCUUAUUUUGGAGCAAGACCUGUGACAAUCUUCAGUGGUUUUAUGGUGGCUGGGGGCCUGAUGAUGAGCAGUUUUGCACCGAAUAUAUAUUUUCUGUUUUUUUCAUAUGGAAUUAUUGUUGGGCUUGGCUGUGGCUUAUUAUAUACAGCAACAGUAACCAUCACCUGUCAGUAUUUUGAUAAACGCAGAGGCCUUGCACUUGGUUUGAUUUCAACAGGUUCAAGUGUUGGACUUUUUAUAUAUGCAGCAUUACAAAGAGAACUCAUUGAACUAUAUGGACUAGAUGGAUGUUUGCUAAUAGUUGGUGCAUUAUCGCUAAAUAUACUAGCAUGUGGCAGUCUAAUGAGACCUUUGGAGUUAUCUGAUUCCCCUUUGCCAGAAAAGUCAAGCCUAGAAAAAGUUGCAGAUCAGUACUUGAUUUACCACGAGAAAGAAAAUGUUGAAAAUACAAGCAUCCUAGAAAAAGGCUACAAUGAAGAAAAAUGUGUGAAUAUGUCCAGUCAUGAAUGCAAACAGGAUAGUGUUUUAAAUAAGAAUGGAUUAAUAUCAAAACAUGCAAAAGAGACAGACACUUAUAAACGGAAAGUUGUAGAACAAACAUACUUUUGCAGACAACUUGCAAAGAAGAAGUGGCAACUGUAUUUAAACUACUGGGAAGAAACAUUGUUUCUUUUUAAAAACAAAGUAUUCUCAUCACUUUUUAUUGCCAUCUUACUUUUUGACAUUGGUGGAUUUCCUCCUUCACUGCUUAUGGAAGAUGUAGCAAGAAGUUCAAACAUUAGUGAAGAAGAAUAUGUUAUGCCUCUUAUCUCCAUUAUAGGGAUUAUGACUGCAGUUGGUAAACUUGUUUUAGGAGUACUAGCAGAUAUUAAAUGGAUUAAUACUUUAUACCUAUAUGUUGUUACAUUAAUAAUGACUGGCGUGGCCUUGGUUGCAAUUCCAUUUGCAAAAAGUUACAUUAUACUGGCAAUACUUUCUGGAAUUUUAGGUUUUCUCACUGGGAAUUGGUCAAUUUUUCCAUAUGUAACCACAAAGACUGUGGGAAUUGAGAAAUUGGCACAUGCAUAUGGGGUAUUAAUGUUCUUUGCUGGACUUGGAAAUAGCCUUGGACCACCAAUUGUUGGUUGGUUAUAUGACUGGACACAGACAUAUGACAUUGCAUUCUGCUUUAGUGGACUUUGUGUUCUGCUGGGUGGACUUCUUCUGUUGGUGGCAGCUCUGCCAUGCUGGGACAACUGUAGUAAUCGGAGUGCAAAGCCACCUCCAAAUAUUUACUCCUACACAGUUGCAUCGAGUGUUUAAAUGGCAGCUGGAAAACACUUCAAUGCCUUUUUAUACUAUGUACUAUAUAGCAAAAUAUUUUAGUAAUUUUUCCACUUACUUAUGAAAUACAAAAAUCUUUUUACAAAUAGAAAAAAAAAUCCAGUGAUGCUUGACAUUUGAAUAAAUGACAUUUGGAAUAAAUUAGGCUUUUUUUUUAAUGGAAAAGGAUGGCACUAAUGUCUCCCUUCAGAGGUUUCCAAUAGCUGUACAAUGAGAGUCUUGGGGGGGGGGGAACAAACCUUAUCACCUAGAAUGCAAUACGUUGGUGAGGUGCUUAUAUCAUGGUAAGGUCAAUUUUUUUUUUCUUUAAGGUUCCCUGCUUUAUUGUAAAGCGCUAAUGAGGAAAAACUUGUAUUGCAUAACUGAAGUGAACAUUAUGGUAAAACUUAACAUUCUGCUUGCCGCUGCAAACUAAGAUGCUAUGAUACAAAUAUUAUGCUGCACACUUUUGGAAAUUUGUUUAAAAACUGUUGAACCAAAAUCUUUCAAACCAAGGAAUAAAUGAUUGUUGAAACCA